UCAGUGACCAUGUUUGUCAGCCAAAGAAAAUAUCAUUGAGCAAAAUGAAAAUAUAUAAAGAGCGCAUUGAUACAAGAAGAGUUUACCUUGAUCAGUGAUAAUUUCUAUGGUUAAAAGAGGUAAUUAAGGAUUUUCAUUCCGGCGAUUUAUCAAAAAAAUUUGAUGUCGAAGUAAAAGUACAUACACAGCAAAAGCAAUGGGGAGUCGACGGAAAAUGACAGAGCGGGAGAUGAAAGCGACCGCACUUAACAAAAAGGAGGACCGCGUACUGCAAAAGACGUUCGGGACGUUAAACCUUGAGAUGAGUUUCACGUACAACGUCAUCUCAUUGCACGUACGUACAGUGAAAUCCAACUUUAGACGUUUGCGUGACAGAGUUGAUAAACUAAAAUCUCAUCUUACUCCAGAAGAAAUAACGAUGUUGAGACAACUUGAAGAGGAAGGGAAAUUCAAACCUUCAACUACCUUUAACGUUAACGCCGCGAUGAAGAUUGCGGCGGCGGCACGCAGACUUAAUUUAUACCCGGAGGGAUUAAGCCGCUCUCGUACCGCGAUGGCAACAAAACGUGGCCGUGCUAGUGAUAAAUUACUGGCAGGCAGAUCACAAACAGACACAAACUUGUUAAGAAAACGGAGCAAUUCUGUAACAGGAGCGUUUAUUGACGCUCCACCGCCGGACAAUACAGUACGUAGAAAUUCCACCGAACUUCCAUUAAAAGUAGCAAUAAGGCCAGUAAGCGCUGUCACUGCUGACCAAAACGAAUUAAAAAUUACGAAGAAGGGCGUUAGACCAGCUUCCACAGAAUGUUUCGACAGAGAAAAACCAACAAUGACGAAAGCCGCCCCUGCAAAACCUACCUCGGACAUUUCAGAUUUCGUUUCGUAUGAAAAGACGGAAAGAGUUACUGAAGCCGGAACUGGAAAGGUUAAAAGGUCACCACGUGAUAAAAUGGCAAUGAUAAACAUUACCGAUGAAUCGCUUGAUAUUGGUAGAAAUAAACUGUUCGAAGACAGGAGACAGGAACUUUUGCAAGACGAGCAUAUGUUUUACGUCAAUUUAGAAAAACGCAAAAAUAACUUUAUCGGUAAGGUUGACGAGUAUUUGUUAGAGAAUCCACCUGUGAAAUUUGACACCCCCAUAAUGCCAAUCAUUUUACCUCACGAUGCAAAGGACGACGAAGAAAUAAUGGCGUACAGUCGUCGACGGAUGAGGAAAUAUGACACGGACAGAACAUUCACGACGGAAGAGGAAUACAAACAACGUGAAGGCGAUCUUUGGAAAGAUAUGAACAAGACUAGAUAUUUAAGGGUUCCCGAUGAAAAAAUAGACUUAUCUGGAGUUGUGACUUUAGCAAAGGACCAGAUGCAAUUAUACAACUUGCUAAAGUCAACGGAACCUACUCAUAUUAUCUCAUACUAAAUUUCAAUUUAUUGAAGAAUGUCAUCAAUGAAAUGAAUAUACAUUACUUCCCGGAGAGUUUUUGUUAUAAAUGGCAUUUCGGGAAAAAUUGUUUUUCUUCUAUUAUGACAGUGUUUGCUUCGGUAGCAUUUGAAAGCACGAGAUGACGGGGUCUUUGGAGUAUGUCUCUAACUAGUAUGCAGUUUUCGUCAAGAGUAAUUACGGUAUGAUUUGAUGACCUGGCAUUUUGUGUUUUACAUGAAUUCAACUGUUUAUAUUUUUUAAAACAUUUGACAUUAUACGCAGUUAAUAUAUUAAGGGUGUAAAGAAAAAGCAAACAUUAUUAUUAAUUUACUGAGAUGUAACUAACACUUAAAAGAUCCAUUCUAUCUAAAAAACUAUCUGACGAGUUUGUUGCUGGAUAAGUUCAGAUAUAUAUAUGAUAGAUUUGCUUUUAUUCAUACAAUUUUGUAGAAAAUGGACUUUUUCAUUAAACUUCACGGAAUAUUCCAUUUGUGGAUAUAACAACACGUCUAUGUUGCAGUACAUUUAGAAGUCACGUGUUUCAGUAGAUGUUGUUUAUAUUGUACAAGCAAUAAUUGAAUAUUGAUUGUUAAGAUUAAUUAAAGGAGUGAAGCUUGCUUUUUUCAGAAGUUGAAAUUUUCUGAAUUUAGUACAUGUAAUAAAUUCUGUUGUUUUUAUUUUAAUAAGAAAAUCUGCAUUUCACCAAACGUAGCAGUAGUUUGUCAACAUAUCAGCAUUUAUUACAUGUAUUUCAGUGAAUUUUCGAUAUAUUAGAGUGAAGUAUAUCUCGUACUUUCACAGUAAAAAAUAUAAAAUAAAUUUUUCAUAUCAAGUAUAUUUUUUACUAGUAAUAGACUAUAAAAUGAGUAAAUUUAGUUAAAGCAUGAAAUGAUAAGAAAAUUGGUUUGAUUUACAUGUAAGAUAAAAAAUAUAUUUCACUCAUGAACACCAUAUCUAACACAUGCCACCCGUGAAAAUAUGCAUCUGCUGUCCACUUGUGAAAAUAUUUCAAUAUUACACUGAAACAAACAAAUUUCCCUUUUUUAUAUGAACAUUAACUAUGCUUGUCUUAUUUUCAAGGUUUCCUUCUGUACUUAUUUAAUUUCCCAUGUGGAUCGAAAUUUCUUUGCAUCCCUUAUGUGUAUAAACAUGAAUAUGUUAAAAUAUGUAACGCGACACUAUGUUGCUACAUUCCCUUCGUUCAUAAUUUUUGUUUGAAUAUACAUUAUAUGUUUUGUGCAAAUGAUAAAGUAGUGCAAUGGUACAUGGGUCCUACAUGAUGAAAUGUAAUAAAGCUAUUUUCAUCA